AUGGACGAUGAUCCUUGGGACGAUUGGGAAACUGCUGCCGAUGCUGGCUUAGAUCCAAAACCCAGUAAGGCUGUGGAUGAACAUGAAAAGAAUAAACAAUUAUGGCAAGAAGCAAACGCCUUUGCACAACCAGAAAUUAUUCGCGUGGAUACAGCCCGUACGGAAUAUGUACCACAACUUCGUAUUUUAAAGCGUCCAAAAAAUCCAGGACCAACUACUACCACACAUCCUUCCCAUUUAGCAUCAUAUGCCACCUUUGCUGGUGAUUCAUAUACUUUCUCCAAUUCCUCCAUUGAUUUAUCACCAAAACAAAAAUCCUUAGCAGAACGUGAAGCAGAAUACAAUCUAGCAAGACAAAAAAUAUUUGGUGCUAAUACUAAUUCUGAUGGUAGUUGUGGUGAAGAAGGCGUAAUUACCAGCGAAGGUAAAGAAAAUGAGGGUCAAAAGAAAAUCUUGACUGAACGAGGUGAUGUUACAAAGGAAGUUCAUGUAGAUAUCUCAAAGCUUAAUGGGACGCGUCAAAAAGAAACUUUGAAAUUUAAAUAA